AUGUUCAAUGCCGAGGCCCACUUUCUAUCUCGCUCGUCAACCCAGCCAAAUAGUGAGAAUAAAGACAUGACUGUUUGGCUAGGCACUACUGCUUACGAACACCCGCCUAAGAAGAAGAAUCGAUCCGAAAAGGCCGAUUAUGAAAAUAUCACAUGGGCCGUCGCCCAGCAACUAAACCAACACUUCACCAACUACAUCGCCCAAAUGGUCAAGCAAACAACCAACAUGUCCUUGCUAGCUCUUUUAUCUAAAACCGAGCUAAUGGGUGCUUUGGCCUCCCCAGUUCCCCAUGCCGCCCCACAAGAAGACCCAGAACGAACCGGCAUCAUUGUUAAUGAGACCAAAAAUACUCUAGCCAUCUCCAUUAACGGCGUAGUCAAGAUCUUUCCCAAAGCAAUGUACAACUUCUUUCUCUACGUGGAGAACAAGAAGUACUUCUUUAUCGGGCCGGCUAUGAAGAUAGAUAGAAAAUAUACCAAGUAA